GCGCGCGCUCCGCCCGCCCCGGAGCCUCGCCCUCCGCCACGAUGAGCAAAUGAGCGCGAGCGAGGGCAUGAAAUUUAAAUUCCACUCAGGGGAGAAAGUGCUGUGCUUCGAGCCUGACCCCACCAAGGCGCGAGUGCUGUACGAUGCCAAGAUUGUCGAUGUUAUUGUUGGGAAAGACGAAAAAGGCAGAAAGAUUCCAGAAUAUCUGAUCCAUUUUAAUGGUUGGAACAGAAGCUGGGAUAGAUGGGCAGCUGAAGAUCAUGUCCUUCGUGACACCGAUGAAAAUCGGAGAUUACAGCGUAAAUUGGCAAGGAAAGCUGUAGCUCGCCUAAGAAGCACAGGAAGAAAGAAGAAACGCUGCAGGUUGCCUGGUGUUGACUCUGUCUUAAAAAGCCUCCCUGUUGAAGACAAGGAUGAAAAUGAUGAAAACUCAAUAAGCAGUUCCUCUGAUGACAGUAGUGAAGAAAAGGAUGAAGAAAUAAGUGAAGAAAGUGAUAUUGAAGAAAAGACGGAAGUGAAGGAAGGACCGGAGCCACACACAAGAAGGGAAAUGGAAGAAAGGACAAUAACGAUAGAAAUCCCAGAAGUUCUGAAGAAGAAGCUCGAGGACGAUUGUUACUAUAUCAACAGGAGGAAACGGUUAGUGAAGCUUCCGUGCCAGACCAACAUCAUAACUAUUUUGGAGUCCUACGUGAAGCAUUUUGCUAUCAAUGCAGCCUUUUCAGCCAAUGAGAGGCCUCGGCACCAUCAUGCUAUGCCACAUGCCAAUAUGAACGUGCACUAUAUUCCAGCAGAAAAGAACGUUGAUCUUUGUAAGGAGAUGGUGGAUGGAUUAAGAAUAACUUUUGAUUACACGCUCCCACUGGUUUUGCUCUAUCCGUAUGAACAAGUUCAGUAUAAAAAGGUGACUUCAUCCAAGUUUUUUCUUCCGAUUAAGGAAAGUGCCACAAACACUAACAGGAACCAGGAGGAGCUCUCUCCGAGCCCGCCUUUGCUGAAUCCGUCCACACCGCAGUCCACGGAAAGUCAGCCCACCUCCGGUGAACCAGCCACCCCCAAGAGGCGCAAGGCCGAGCCGGAAGCCUUGCAGUCUCUGAGGCGGUCCACGCGCCACUCUGCCAACUGUGACAGGCUGUCUGAGAGCAGUGCCUCUCCUCAGCCCAAGCGCCGGCAGCAGGACACGUCCUCCAGCAUGCCUAAGCUCUUCCUGCACCUGGAAAAGAAGACACCUGUGCACAGCAGAUCAUCCUCACCUGUCCCGCUGACCCCUAGCAAGGAAGGCAGCGCAGUGUUUGCUGGCUUUGAAGGCAGAAGAACUAACGAAAUAAACGAGGUCCUCUCCUGGAAACUGGUACCGGACAGUUACCCCCCAAGUGACCAGCCGCCUCCACCCUCUUACAUUUAUGGGGCACAACACUUGCUACGAUUGUUUGUGAAACUUCCAGAAAUCCUUGGAAAGAUGUCCUUUUCUGAGAAGAAUCUGAAGGCUUUACUGAAGCACUUUGAUCUCUUUCUUAGGUUUUUGGCAGAAUACCACGAUGACUUCUUCCCAGAGUCUGCCUAUGUUGCUGCCUGUGAGGCACACUAUAGCACCAAGAACCCCAGGGCGAUUUAUUAAAGUUGAAACAGGGAGAUCCAGGGAUUGGCUGUGCCUGCAACUCAAGAAAAAUCCACCAUGAAAAUGCAUUUUUGAGAACUGCAAAGCUGUUUGCUCCAAUACUUCAGCAUGGCUUCUUUAACGCACCGUUGCCCCGCGCAGGCCAACGUUCCUUUUCUCACUCCACUGAGUUCACUCUUCACCUGAAGGUCAGACAACCAGUGCUAUGCCUUCAUACGAUUUCCUUUGUGAGCAAAUACGGAGUUGACAGGUCUUCAAACUUCUCUGACCUCCAAAUUCUGCAUGGCAGGGCGGAGGGAGUAAGUAAAUACUGAUAUUAUGACAUAAGCAAAAAAGGUGCACAAGCAGCAGAGGUUAGUAACCGCAAAAAUAGUAUGCAUUGAGAAUAAUGCCAGUACGCGUUCACCAGUCUUCAUGUUUUGGAAUUUCUUUGCAACGUCAAUCUUUAUCCUUCCAGAAGGUCAUGAAAAAUCAUAGGUAGUAAAGCGUUCGACUGUGUUUUUCUAUUGAUUGUACUUUUCUCACUCAGAUUUACAACUUUCGGUGGAAUGAUUUAAUAAGUCAUUUAGAGAUCUGCUUUGGCACAAGGUAAAUUACACCAGCCUGCUGAUUCUAUUUACUGCUCCAUCUUCACUAUUGUAAAGGUGACUUCUGAGACCAUUACUCUCCAGAAAAUGAUUUGGGGUGAGAUGACUUGUGAGCUGUAUAGAAACACACCUAUUAAUGUUAGAGGAGAAAGGCUGUUCCAGUGUGUUCGGGCAGUACGUAAGACGAAGUCUAAAGACCAAAAAUGCUCUAUUGGAGGGAAGCCUAGUAAGAUUUUCCUUUGAUUUACAAUAAUUCAUCUUAUCGUUUAUAUUCCGUAGCAUGUAAAGCUUAACCAAUCAUAGCAUUAAAACCCUUUGUUAAUUUUGUGGUCCAGAAGAAGCCAUGGUGUGGUAGGUAGAUUGAAAAAUGUUUCCAAAUCUUUACACACAAACACACACACAAACGUGUCUCUAUCCUUCAUCUUUCAAAGGCGAAUUUUUAGUUUCUCUUAUCAAGAGUUAGGAUCUAUUUUCCUUCCCCUUGAAUUUGGUCUGGCUUUUAUUUCUCUUGGGCUGAUGGCUGACUUUCAAUAGAUCACAGCGAGAGGAGUGUUCUGCCCAGUACAAAACCCAGAUUAGUCUGGCCUGGGGAUUUGCUCUAGCCAAGAAAAUAGGGCGGGAGUGCUUCCCUUCCCUUCUCUCCCUCGGAACCUUGCUGAGAUGUGAAACGACCCCGGGCUAACCUGCUGGACGAUAAGAGACAUAUUGCCUAGUUAUUCUCUUCUCAUCACCCAACCAACUACCGGCCAACUGCCCCACACGCGAAUGAAACCCUUUCAGACCAGCCAACCCCCAGCCUACCUACGAGUCCACUAUAGAUGCGUACAUAAGCCACCCCAAAUCUGCCAGACCUGGCCUAGGUUAGCAGAACCACCCGGUUGGCCUCUACAUUGUUGAUCAAUAAUGAACACUUACUGUUUUAAGCCACUGUGUUUUGGGGCGGUUUGCUAUACAGCAAUAUAGCUGUAUCUUUGUGGUGUAUAUGUUUUGCAUCCUAUGUAUGGAAGAGCGCGAGCUUCAUUGCCUUAGCUGAAAGAGCUGAAAUUCUGGUAUGUUCAGAGGCCAUCAGCUAACCAAGGGACCAUGUACCUGCUCCUGCUCCCGCUCAGGUAACAAGGAAGAAAUGGAUAGAGACCGCAACCUAUCUUUGGGAUUUGGUAGCUAGCACAACGUGGGUUUUAUUCUGUAAGAAAUUUAGUUUGCAGAAAACUAAAGAGGACAUAGAAUAUGUUUUCACCAUAAAAUUAACAAGUAUUAUUAUUUUGUAAGAUUUGUUUCCAGCCACUGUUUUAAAACCAAAUGAAACAUUUGUUGCUGCCUGGAUCUCAAUCCCCAGCCCUUCUCCCAGAGGUGAUAAUUCCCUGAGUUUGGUGUAGUGUGGACUUGUAUUGUGCACAUGGGAUUUCUCGGUCUCGUACUCUACACCUUGUUCCUGACAUGUAUUGAUGCGUAUUUACACAUAUACAUGUACGUAUAACAGAAAUAUGUGUGUAUAUAAGUACAUCAACCUGUGUUUUUACAUAUAUACGUAUUUAAUUUAAUCCUGUUAACUGCCGCAGAAGAUGAUCACAUGGAUAUAAAACCUUUUAUUAAUUACCUUACCAUUGUUGGACGUUCGGAUUGCUUCUGAGUCCCCCUUUUACUAACAGUGCUGCAAAGAACAGUGCUUGUACGCAGGUCCUUGUAUUCAAACACCAGUCAUUCUGUGGGUCAUAUGCCCAGAAUUGCUGGGUGCUCAGACACAUGCUUUUUCACAUUUUCUAGAGUCUAGAGUUACCCUGUUGGACAGGGAGCUGGCUUUAUCAGAGUUUCUGGGUGUUCAGUUUCAGGGCGGUUGUCUUGUGGGACAGAUUUAUAACACUGGGAGCUAAAAAGAAACUUGAAAACUUGAAAUCUCGGAAACAUUCUCCACGUUGCCUCAUCUCAUAUCGCCCGCUCCCCCCUGCCCUGUGUUUUUGUGUAGUGUUGGGGAUUAUUUGGUGGCCUCAUAGAAAUGAGAAAUAAAUAACUUCAUGGUGGUACAAAGCAGGGUAGGAGUUGAUGAUCUGCUACUUUGCUCACAGGGCAACUGUCAAUGACACCGUGGAAAGGAGUUGAUUGGCCAUGUGAGGAAUAUUUCAAAUAUUGCAUGGAACGGGGCAAAUGCACCACAUUAGGUCAUUUCUGAGGGGUAUCAGGUUCAUUAUUCAAUAAGGCAAACCAGGGGCUCUUGGGUGGCCCAGUCGGUUAAGCAGCCAACUUUUGGUUUCGGCUCAGGUAUUUCUCUCUGCCCCUUCCUCCCCACCCCCCACCGCUUGUGCUCCAUCUUUCAAAGAUAAAUAAACUUUUUUUUUAAGAAUAAGGCAAACCAGUUCUUUUGGCUUUCUCAGUCACGAGGUCAAGUCUAAAACCCGGCAUUUUCACAUUCCAAGACAUGAGAUGGUAAACAUACUAUGCCAGGAUCAAGGUUAGGUCAAACAAUAUCAUCUCUGUAAGGGAGAGAAAAUCAUUCUUGUUGUUUAAGGAGUAAAUGGCUGAAUGUUCUUAGAUUUUACACAUCCCCUGUCAAAAGUGAAUUAGAACAUAAGAAGCCUGUCCUCAUAAUAAAUGUGCUUCUCAACCAA